AAAACCGUGAGAAAUUUGUUUUUUGUACCCUCUCUCAACGCUGACAUGAUGAAAUUUGAAUUUUAAGGUAGUGGGUGGAUUUCAAACAUGACAGACCCAACUCCAAGAAAACCAGAUACUAAAGACGGUGUGUAUUUUGACGACCCAGAACUCCCAGAGGGCUGGACCAGGAAAUGUGUACAGAGGUCUACUGGCCAGUCAGCAGGAAAAUGGGACGUCUACAUCUACAACCCGAUGGGUCGCAAGUUCCGGUCGCAGAAUGAAGUUCGGCGCUACCUGGGCGAGAUCAACAGCGAGCUAUGUCCGGACCUGUUCUGCUUCAACCCGUACGCCCAGGCCGGCACGCCCAGCUCGCGCAAACCGGGCUCCAAGUCGGGCGCCUCCAGUGUCAAAAAGCUGACCAACAAGGCCGUCAAAGCCAUGCGGGCCAAGUCUCUGGGUGGCGCCGGGGACGCCAGCAGCACCAAGCUGAAGCUCAAGUUUGACUUCUCGAAGCGCAUGGGCCGCCCUCCGUCUGCGGGGAAGCCGGGCCGGCCAGCGGGGAAGCCUGGAAGACCGCCGUCUGCGAGCAAGUCGGGCCAGCCCUCGUCCUCGGGACACAUGGGAAGACCGGGAUCCAGUGGCAAGCCGGGUAGACCUGCCUCCGCUGGUAAGCCCGGCCGGCCGCUCUCCUCCGGCAAGCCGGGCCGUCCGCCGGGCCGUCCGGCCGGCAGCGGCUCCAGCCUGGCCUCGCCGCCGCUGAGGACGCCCGCGUCCAAAUUCAGCCCAUCGACCACGCCGCGCGUAGCCAUGCCGGCCGUUAGCAAAGGACCGGGAGCGCCCAAGAAGCGUCCGUGGACGCCGCCAGAGUCUCCGUAUGACCUGGUGCAGGAGCGCUACUACCAGGACCCAUGGAAACUGCUCAUCGCGUCAAUCUUCCUCAGCAAACCGCCAGAGACCUCCCCGGAGGACGUGUGGGGCGACCCGCCGCCCGUGCUCGAGGCCCGGCGCGCCCGGCCGCUGCUCGAACAGUUCUUCGAGCGCUGGCCGACGGCCAAGGCGGCGCGCGACGCCUCCGCCGCGGAGAUCGCGUCCCUGAUCGAGCCUCUGCAGCUGGGAGAGCACGCGGCGGAUCUCAUCAUUCGCUUCUCAGAUGAGUUCCUGACCAAGAAGUGGAAGUCUCCCACGGAGCUGUACGGCAUCGGACGGUACGGCAGCGACGCCUACCGGAUAUUCUGUCUGGGCCAGUGGAAGCAGGUGCGUCCGCUCGACCACAUGCUCAGCCUGUACCACAACUGGCUCUGGACCAACUACAAGGCGCUGCGGCUCGAGUGAGCGCCGCGCCGCCGUCCGACCGGCCCACGGCCUUUUACUGGGAUGAUUUACCGGAUCUACGUCCGGCGCUGUGCGCGCGCUGAUUAUGUCCUAUUGGAGGCUGGCGGCUGAUCUCGGGCUGCGGCAACUCACCAGCCAUUGUCAUCGCGGAGGCGACUGAGUCGCCUGCUGAACGUCAGUCGGUGACGUACAUGAUCAUACUCCACUGUUUCGCGCUGCACGAGAAAUACAUUACAUCUAAGUUA